UAUCUUUUGAAAGCUAUAUUGAAAUGGAGUAACACAACGGGAACGUGUUCCUGAUUCAUGCUCUUUUUCGACGAGGUCUCUCUCUCUCGCUCGCUCGCUCUUUAUCUGCCUCUCUCUUUGGCUUGAUUGGGAUCAUAAACGACUGCCCACUUCAAUUCCCUACAAAUCUCCAUUACCCAUCUCCGAAAAUCGAAGCUUUGUUCAUACCCUCUUCGCGAAAUCAUAGACAGCGAGGCAGAGGAUUUGGGAAGGAGAAAUGUCGAAUCUGGUAUUGAAGGUGAAGAGGGAGGUGGUUGCGGCAUGCAUGACUUGCCCUCUAUGCAAUGAACUCCUUAGAGAUGCCACCACCAUAUCUGAAUGCCUCCAUACGUUGUGCAGGAAGUGCAUAAAUGACAAAAUUUCUGACGAGGAAUUAGAUUGCUGUCCAGUGUGCAACAUUGAUCUGGGUUGUGUCCCAUUGGAGAAAUUGAGGCCAGAUCACAGUUUGCAAGACUUAAGGGCCAAAAUUUUCCCAUUCAAAAGAAAGAAAGUAAAUGCACCUCAAGCUGCACCCUCAGCAACAUUGCCGGCUAGAAGAAAGGAGAGAUCACUCUCGUCAUUGGUGGCAAGUACUCCCAAAGUAUCAUCGCAAGGUGCCACAGAUGGUAAUAGAAUAAAAACUAUUACAAGGAAGGCAGCAGCUUUACGAGUUUCCAGUUCUGCAAUGGAUAAGGUUACUAAAGAAGAAUAUUCAGAAGAAGAACAUGCGGAGGGCUCCAGCUCACCUGAAACUCUUAAAAAGUUCACUCAGAGUAAAAUACAGGGUUCUUCCUCUGCUGAACGUAGAGAUUUCAUAAACUCUAAGGUAGAGGAUGAAAAUGAUUCAUCGGAGGUGAAAUUGGAUUUGUGGAAACCUUUAAAUUGUUUGGUGGAAAUCGCAAAUAGAAGCAUAUCAUCUCAAGCUGUACUUGAUGCUGCCAGUUCAAGGCAGGAAAAAAGAAGCGGUCCAGUUUGGUUCUCGCUAGUAGCCUCUGAAGAUCAGAAAGGUGAUGCAGCCUUGCCUCAAAUACCAUCAAGAUACUUAAGAAUAAAGGAUGGAAAUAUGCCUGUCUCUGUUAUCCAAAAGUACCUGGUGAGGAAACUAGAUCUAACCAGUGAAGCUGAGGUUGAGAUAAGAUGUAUGGGGCAAACAGUGGUUCCCUCAUUGCAACUUCGUACUUUAAUAGAUUUAUGGUUGCAAGCAACAUCAACACCGGAGCGAUACUCAGCAUCGAUUGGUUCCUCGGCCAAGGACUUUGUGAUUGUGCUGACCUAUGCUCGAAAGGUCCCAGGCAGUGAAUGAAUGAUGCCAUUCUCCAUAUUUCUGCCGUCCGCAACUUUCAAUUAUCAUUAUAGUUCUCCAAAACUUCCUAAUGAUAUAGAGGGACUUUGACGUUCGGCAUAUAUAUAGACUAUGGCUGAUCAUUUGUUUCAUUACUUGGUUCAUUUACAAAUAAUUGCAAGCGCCUUGUAACAAAAGGCAGAGAGAUUUGCACUGUGGACAGAAAGGGAUGUCUUCUGAUUCAUUUUGACAAUUGCAUUAGACAAAAAUGGACUUUUAAUAUUGUUGGGUACAUGUAAUUAGACAUCUU